UCACGCAAGGAGGCGUUGAACCUGCCAAGCUGCUCGCCUCUAUCCAGUCCGAGGGGCUGCGAGACUGUUCUCCUCAACAUUCUUCCUGUGGGUAUAAAAAAAUCCUCCCCACAUGGAUCAGAAAGAUCAAUACAAGGAUUGACAUCUGUCAGAGGGAGGGGCAACAUGGCAGUGUUCUUGAUGCUUGCAGCUCUGUUUGUUGCUGUGAAUGGACAAACAUUUCAUUUCGGAAAGUGCCAUUCACCACCAGUCCAGGAAGAGUUUGAUGUUGCCAAAUAUCUUGGUAGGUGGUAUGAAAUUGCAAGGCUACCUGCUGCGUUUGAGAGGGGGAAGUGUCAGCAAGCCACUUAUUCGCCACUGAAGGAGGGAGUCAUCAAAGUUGUGAAUGCUGAACUGCUGAAUGAUGGGACAUAUGAUUCCAUUGAAGGCCAAGCCACCGUGAUAGACCCAGCCCAGCCAGCUAAGUUGGAAGUUACAUUUUUCAAUGGAGUCCCUGAUGCACCAUACUGGAUCGUCUCGACUGAUUAUACCUCCUACGCCGUAGUGUACACCUGUACAGAUUUCCUUGGUCUCUUCUAUGUGGAUUUUGCCUGGAUCCUUGGGCGCUCCUCAUCUCUGCCGGCUGAUGUCUUUUCACAGCUGUGUGCUCAUCUGGAGUCACAUGGUGUCAACUUGCGCAGGAUGACUUUGUCUGACCAAACAGGUUGUGAUGCCAUGCCUUGAUAGCAGGCAAGCAGACAAGGGGGGGACAAAGGGGUCAGUUGUCCCGGGCCCAGGGAGAUGGGGGGGCAUAAUUGGGCCCUCGUUACAUUGAAAGUAUUGGGUGGGGGGCCCUUUCAGAUGGCUUUGUCCUGGGCCCAGCCAAACGCUGUCAGCGGCCGUGCUUGAUGGCGAUACAAACAACAAUGCAUUUACAGGUUCUGUGGUGCACUGAGCCAAUAUACCGAUACCAUAUGCAGGGAACUCUGAUCAUGAGGACCCUGGUUCGAGUCCCACCUGGGUUGUUUCCCUGGCCUUUGCCAUCUCUCUCUAAAAUGUAAUUUUAAGCAAAGAGUGUUUUAUGAUCUCACUAACUGAAAAUGUAAAAAUAAAGUUUGUUUUUAUUAUUUGG